AACUCUUGCCAAAACACAACGACAGCAUGGCCGAACAUCUAUCAGGACGCAUCUCCCUGCUCCAAUUUCUUCGGCAAUCCGUGAGACUCCACGUCCAGCAUCUUACGGGCUCACUGGCAGCGUCCGCCGCGUCGCCUGUCUACGUCGUGGGCAAUCCGUCCGCAGACCUCGAUUCGAUCGUCUCAGCGAUCGUGUACGCCUACUUUGCCAGCGGAUCCAAUAGUACCAAUGGCGACGAAAGCCAUGAAAGCAUCAGACGGCCGCAUAUCCCGCUAAUAAAUCUACCGGACGUGCGCGGGGGUGCAGAGCUGCGCAGACUGCGCCCGGAAUUUGUGACGGCCUUGUCGUUGGCGACAGAGAGCAGAAAGGAAACGGCGAGCCUCGUGGAUAGCACACUCAGCGAGCACCUGAUAACGGUGGCGGAUUUUGCCGCGCAGAUCCAAGACUUGAAGAAGAAGAAGAGGAAGCAAGAUAUCCCUACUACGUUCGAUGCAACGCUGGUCGACUGGAACGCCCUGCCGCUGCGCUCAUCCACCGCGGGCGAAGGCGCGCUCACCGGUCUGGAACGCGUGACGUUCAGAAUCCAAGGCUGUAUCGACCACCACGUUGACGAGGGCUUUCUUCCUCCGCAGGUAUUGGGGCGCGUCGAGGUUGGGCCGGGCUCAUGUGCCUCGCUGGUAGUCGACGAGCUGCGCAAGAGAGGAAUGUGGGGGGGUAACCCGAAAGUCUCGGAUGACGAUGAUGGAGGCAGCGAGGAGCUCUGUGGACCUGCCAAACUGGCGUUAUCUGCUAUUCUCAUCGACACGAAUAACCUUACUGCCGAGGGACGGGUCAUGCAAGUCGACCGGGCGUCGGUUUCGUUUCUACAAGACCAGAUCCAGUCCCGGUCCCGGGAGGAUGCGGCGUGGGACUCGAAACCUCUGUUCCAGGCAGUUCGGGAGGCGAAGGCAUCCAGUCUUGACCUGUUGACUGUCGAGGAGAUCCUGGAUAGAGAUUACAAGGAAUGGAGUGCCGCGGGGGAGGAAAAGGAGGAAGUCAAGAUCGGGUUUUGCGCGGUGGUGAGACCGUUGCACUGGGUGGUUGGUCGCGCAGGCACACCCGCCUCCCUGGUGGAAGAGAUGUACUCCUUUGCGAGGCAGAGGGGACUCGACGUCCUCGUCCUCAUGACGGCGUUCAAUACGGACGAGAAGAACGGCGGAGGCGAGUUCCGCCGCGAACUCUUUCUCUGGGCGGUAACCGAGCACGCCGUGGCCAAGUGUGAAUCCUUUGCGAACAGGGCAGAACACGACCUCGGGCUGCGACAGUGGGACGGGGAGGCCGGGAUUCGCUCUACGUUGAAUGCAGAGGGACAGGGACAGCUCGGUUGGCGACGGGUAUGGAUGCAGACGGACGUGACGAAGAGUAGGAAGCAGGUUGCGCCCUUGGUACGGAGUGUUUGGCAUGUAGCUACAUAGUUACAUAGUUAUCAUUUCCAUACAUAUAGAGUAGAAGGACAUGAGGUCAUAAUAAUACAUAGAUUGUACUCUAUCAUGUCUAUUCUAGCUGUAGAACAGAAGAUAUCGAGACAUCAGAAAUCAAAUCUAGUGCAGAAAGUAAAGGGUGGCAGGUGAAUCUCCUCCUAACUCCAGACCUAUCCAGACCUGACCUUGAAGAGAAGAAGAAAAAAAGAAAGAAGAUACGCUGAUGGCAGAUGAAAAGAGUAAAUGGGUUGUUUUUUUUGUAUUACUGCGUUAGAAACACUCCCACUCGCAAAACACACACCACCUCGCCACC